AAGAAUCCCCGUGAUACGAUCAUCGUAGGCUCAAGGGACGGUGCUUUAAAGUCGACUGGACGGGAAGCGUGAUCGUCGACCGACAUUCAGUAAGUCGUUGAGUCCCGCAUUUUCUCCCGACUUUAACUUCCGCAAGACGAUUCGAAGCAUUGGUGGGUAUGCUGGAAUAAUUUGAAUCCAGGAGGAGCCAUUUCUGCUGAUAACUUUUGCCAUUUCUUGGUGUGCUCUCCUGCAGCAGCUGUUUCAGAGGAUUUUCUGGAAUUUGUAUCUACAUGUCUGGCGGCUUCUUCUUUUCAUCUGUCGUGCAGAUUGGAAGUUCAAUUUCUUUUUUCCUCUGUGAACUUUCUGAUUAAUUUCGGAUUAUCAUCAGGUCCUUGUCCAUUUCUUCUACUUAUUGAGCGGUUUCUUGAUGUUCAAUUCGAUCCGUAAGUAGCGAACACUGUCUCCGGGGAGCGCUGGUUCUUGCUAACGAUACGGAGAGUUCGAAAAAGUGCCCAUCACAGCCUUCAUGGAUAUGCUCGCGCGAUUUCUCUAUACAUAGCCAGUAUAGUGAAAUCGUCGUCCCUUUUGAUGGUUAUUGAUUGUGACUUUUUGGCAGAUCGCGACGAUGUAAUUGCGAUGAGGCUCUCAAUUGGUAUGCCGAUGUCUCGUCAUAUUCUUUUGUCAUGAUACUUUAAGCUGGAAGCAGUGUCGGAAUGGACCGAGGUGGAAUCCAGAGGCACGUCUUGAGAAAAUAUGCAGAGUACGCCGGACAGAAUUGUACCCAAGCAGGUGCUAACCUCGCGAUUUGGAAGCCAUCGUUAGAAUCGUUCCCAGCUUGGCUACGGUGAUCUGAGGAGUCUUUGAGGAGUGAAGAACAUGAGAUAGCAAAACAUCAUGCAAAACUGGUUGCAAUGAGGACGUCCAAUAGUCACGAGCUCUUGUGGAUGGUGGCAGUUUCCACCUGCAUAAAACUCUUGUUGGUGCCAUCUUAUCACAGCACAGACUUUGAGGUACACCGACACUGGAUGGCCAUAACCAGUAGCCUUCCACUGGAAGAAUGGUAUCUGGAUGAAACAAGUGAAUGGACGUUGGACUAUCCUCCUUUUUUUGCCUGGUUCGAACGUUUCCUGGCCCUUUUUGCCAGUUACGUGGAUCCAAGGAUGGUGGAUCUAGUCGGAGGAUUGAAUUAUUCGAGCGAGACAGUCAUCUUGUUUCAUAGAGUGACAGUCAUGGCAGCCGAUAGUGUGCUAUACUGGGGGCUCUGGAGAUUUUGCCGUAAAUUUCCUAUAGAAAAACAGAGGAUAGUAUAUGCAGCUGUGGCAUUUUCUCCAGGACUUCUCAUGGUGGACCAUGUGCACUUCCAGUACAAUGGAUUUUUGCUCGGAAUUCUCUUACUUUCUCUCUCUUGUCUUCGAGAAGGGAGGAAUGUUAUGGGUGGCUUCUGGUUUUCAGUGCUCGUCUGCUUCAAGCAUUUAUUCGCAGUAGCAGGACCUAUCUACUUCGUGUACUUGCUACGGCAUCAUUGUAGGGGAUCCUCAUGGUUUGCCAAGUUCUUCGUCUUAGGUUCAACAGUUCUAUCGGUUGUGGGAGUGGCUUUUGGGCCAUUUAUUUACUACGGCCAGAUGGGUCAAGUGUUGAAGAGGCUUUUUCCUUUCGGAAGAGGUCUGUGUCAUGCGUACUGGGCACCUAAUUUUUGGUCUCUAUACAACACAACAGACAAAGUGCUUGCAGCCGCCCUAAGACUGCUGGGCGUGGAUCUUCCAACUCCAAAGGCAGCGAUGACCGGAGGCCUUGUGGGGGAUUCAUCUGGGCAUGUCGUUCUCCCGAAGGUAACUCCAGCGGUCACUGGGUUGCUUGUGCUAGUGGCGAUGCUACCUUGCAUGAUUCGAAUCUGGAGAAAGCCAAGAAGAUCUGAAGUUGUGCAGUGGAUUGUGUACUCAUACAUCUGUGGUUACAUGUUCGGUUGGCAUGUUCAUGAGAAAGCAGCUCUACACUUUGUCGUUCCUCUGAGUUUGCUUAUUGUGGACAGCGUGGAAGCUUCUGUAGACUUCGUCUUCAUCUCAACAGUUUCCUAUUACUCAUUGUUUCCACUCUUGUUCGAAGGCAAAGAAUACCCUAUCAAAGUUCUGUUACUAUUUCUUUACACGUAUGGUAUUACGAUAUACCAGACGCACUAUUUCGGAGAUUUGCAAGCUCGACAAUUGAACGAAAGUGGAGACGGUCAGACUGAGCCUGUUGAACCUACCGUGUCCAAAUCCAGUUUUUCUGCAUCCAAGGUCAAUUGGAAGGUUGAUUACUCAUUUCAAGAGGUAGAGUUAAUUGGAAGCUGGAAGAAGCUUUACCUAUGUGGUCUAAUACCAGUCGAACUUUACUCGCAGUUUCUGCAUCCUUUUGUCUUCAAAGACCGCCUUCCGUUCGUUCCUCUUAUGUUAAUCUCAGUUUAUUGCGCAGUAGGCCUUUUCUACUCCUGGGCAAAGCAACUGAGAGCAUGUUUCAAGGAGUCAAAAUCGGAGGUUCUUUCGAAAGUACACUGACAGACAUUAGGAAUCUAGUCGAGGCCUGCAGAGCUGCUCAAUUUUGUAGUCAAUUUUGAAUGAGGGCAAACCCGUUGAACAUUCCACACCCAUCUGAGUUUUGAUUCUUACACGGACGGAUUAAAGCCCGACCGAGGAUUCUGCUUCAAAACAUCUGUCUCAUUAGGUUCUGUCUACCAUCACAUCAGUACCAUGUUUGGCUAAUAUUGUCAGCCAGGAAGCUUCAUUGAUUAACUACCCGCUUGCUCUGUUGCUUAGACAACGGUGGGAAAUACAUUCAGGUGAUUACAAUGAGCCCGUGAGGCGCGCAACCAAACGUACGGUGAAUAUCCCAUAAUCACGCGUGUCUGUUCAAAAGCAUUGCUAAAGAGAGAUGAAAAGAGAAUAAAAUCCAGGUCAGUAGAUCUGCAAAUGUGAGUACAGUGGUCGCGAGUGAUAUCUGAAGUCAUUAGGACGGAAAGAACUGCAAGUAAAUGAAGAGUAAGUCAAUAUCCUAUUUAUCUACCAGACGAACUCUCUCAAUAGUGUGAUUGGAUUCUGAAGUGACCACCACAAUUAUCUGGAUGG